ACAAACAGUUUCAUUUUCGGCAAUGGCUGCUCGUCUGAGAAAUGCUGCCAGGCGUCGCUCUCCGGGCAGUUUUGCGCUUGCGGACAAUUCCUCAGAAGCAUCCAACAGGGAAGUUUUUCCACAAGUAUUUCGCGAACUUACAUUGGCUGCACAUCGCCAAAGCCCGUCCAUGUCGCGUGUUGCUACGCGCGGAUCACGGCGUGCACGUUCAUCACCGUCUCUUCGCCGUAUACCAUUUUUUGCGAAUAUAUCUGGGAUUGGUGCAUCCGAUCCAACACGGCUGAGCAGCCGCAAAAAGAGCCAUUAUUAUCAGAUCAAAGUACUACCAACUCUUACAGCUGGGAAAGGCAUCAAAUUGGAGGUAUUAAGAGGGCUUCUUCAUUUUAUUUUAAUUUUUUUUUUUUUUUUUUUAAAAUAA